AUGGAAGAUUCUAGCGGACUGUCUGAGUGUGUGCGCGUGAAGGAGGAGCCCGUCGAGCCAGAAGCGGAGCCCGAGCACCCGCCGCCCGGCGCGGCGCGAGUGCACAUCAAAGAGGAAUUACAAAAUGGACAUCAUUCAGACAGUUCGAAGGAGGCAGAGUGUGUCAAGCAAGAGACGCAGUGUGAAAAUGAAUUCGAGGAAGAUCCCUCAUGCUCCGACAGUGAGUGUGGUGUGAGCGAGGCAGCCAUGCUGGCCGGCCUGUACACAGACCAUGACAUCAAAGAUGAGCUUGUAUUGGGACAGGAGUGUCCAUAUCGACCUGACGUCACUCUAGUAGUUAAUGGUGGGGUUGGCUCUCUGCUCCGAGAUUGCUGCGUGACACUCGAACGCCUCCCACACGUCGAGGCGCUCGCCAAGCGCCAAGACACAACUCAUACUGACACGGAAUCUGAUACUGACGAAUUAUACGCUAGAGAGAAAGAACCAAUAUGUGACCUUUGUGGUGAAAGAUUCAGUUUAAAGUCAGAUUUAUUGAAACACGUCAUGGAUCAUAUCCACAGCCCUUCAAGCGCAGAGCAGGAAGGGAGUGGGCACAGUUAUGAUUUAGAUAUUUGGUUUGUGAGAUAUACAUUUGAUUAA